GUUUUCAGCUUAUUUAUUCUUUAAGGGUCAGAUAGCUCUGUAGAAGAUGUAUUAUUACAUUUCACUUGAUGGAUCUCACAUACGUGCAGACCUGAACUAAAAUCACUCCUGGUUUAUGCUGCUUGCCAGUUAACUUGCAGUGUGUUGAGAAGGCCGUACUCCAGCAGCUUGAAGCCUGUGUGUCCAGCAGUAGUGUUGCAGUGUGAGACAGGAAAUAGGGAGGAUCACUUCGACACUGAUAACUUGUUUGUGCUGCCUCGGCCGUGCACAGUCACCUGUGUCUUUGCCUGACACUACUGCAGCAUGGAGACUCUGAUGCAUGGUUUGCAGGGAGCCGUUCAUUAGCCUUCCAGUGGCAAAACCCUUUGGAUAUUGUCACAUAAAAAAGGGGGCAUCUGAGAGAGGAGAAAACAGGAGUUUUUUUUUUUCAGUCUCCUGCAUGUGAAAAGCUUCCGGCAUAUGUUGGUGGCCACAUCGCUGGAGAGACGAACAGGAAAACAAGUGACUAUUUUCCACCGCAAGGAAGUUUCUACUUCACCAGACGCUGCAGAUUCAGCAUGACUGAGUUCUGGGUUUGUUUCAGCUGCUGCAUUGCAGAACAGCCACAGCCUAAGAGGCGAAGGCGAAUAGACCGCUCCAUGAUUGGAGAACCGAUGAACUUUGUUCACACCACGCAUGUGGGAUCAGGGGAUAUGAAUUUAGGUCACUCGUCAGUGGACUCUAUUCAGGAACAGAUGAAGUCUAAAGGCGGCUAUGGAAAUGGAGUAUCAGACAGCGUUCAGUAGUAACGUUUUAAUCGCAUGAUUCUGAAGGGACACACCAACGAGAUGGGAUCAACACUGCGCUUCAGGUACGACAGCGAAGAGGCAUCUGUCUCCUAUACUCAUUUCCUUGCUGAUCCUGGAAAAAAAAGAAAAUGCAAAAGAAUUAAAUGAACAGACUGAUAAACCUCCUGUAAAUAUUGGUUAAUUAAGUUGUAAAUAAUCUCACUAAAAAUGACAUGGAGAAUAUGUGGAACACUGCUCAUAGUAUGAGGAAACAAGUAGGUGAAGAAUGAGCCGGAUGUCUGAUGAGUGUAUUGUAAUCUGUUGUUUCUCUUGCAUAGAAAGCAUUUUAAAAUUCAGGACUGUCUAUUUAUUUGCUGAGUUUUUAUUCUGCAUUUGACACAAUGUGGCUGGCCACUCCCAUGACUUGAGACAAAGCUACACUUUUUAAAAUCGUAAGAUCAGUUGUCUAUUUCAAGUGACACUUCAUCAUAAAAUAACACAGACCUGGUAUUUGAAUAAUUUUUUUGCAAAGCAUCACAUAUCUGAGGACCAGAUUGCCAGUCUGAACUAUACUUGAGUUUGUUAAAAACCUGAAAUUUGCAGAAUGCACUGUUAUAUUGCAAUACUGCACAAAUGUUCAACCACUGUAUUUUUUAUUGCAUUUCUGUAUUCUGUUUAAAUUGAAUAUGCAUUGUUGUCAUGGUUUACUUUAAUAAAAUCGAAUGACAUUUGGAA